AAUUCGGACUGUAAAUGGAAGGUGGAAAAAAGAAGAGGAAUUAUAACCUUUUUUAUUAACAACUUCACACUUAACUUUAACUAAAUAAAUAAAUAAUCAUUAUUAUUAUUAUUAUUAUUAUUUCGACGAUGUCAAUUUUAAAUGAAACAGAUUUAUAUUUCUUAAAAUGUUUGGGUUUUCUCCAUUCCAGCGUUAAUUUGAGAAAAGGCGAUACUGUACCUUUACAAUGUAUGGUCGAAGAGAGUAUUAAAAAUAAGUAUGGAGUUUCCAAAGACUACACUGAUAUUGUUCAAUCCUGGUUGCCAGUGCAGGAGGAAAAUUUUACGACUAUUACAGCCUUUGAAGAUAGCAAAGGUUCUAAUUCUGACAAUGAACUUGAAUUGGAUUUAUUGAAAGAGGAUUUGAUGUGUGUAAUAUGCAAUGGAAUGGAUGUAGGAGCCCGGAAUCGUUUGGUGGAGUGUUCUGAUUGCCAUUCAUUGUAUCAUCAAGAAUGCCAUACACCAGUAGUUACAGGAGAUUCAUUCGAGAACUGGAAUUGUUCUAAUUGUAAGGAAGAAGCUAGUAAAAAGUUAAAAAUAACUAAUGACAAGUUAAGGUGAAAGGUAAAAAUUAAUUAAGGAGAGAGCUCUUCUCACAAUAGUAGUUAUAAUCACCUUCAAGUUCUUACAAACACUCCAGUUAUUCCAGGUGAAUUCCUAUUCAUUAGAUAUGAAUCCUAUGAACUUAGGAUGUUAUACAUGUCUACUUUUAUAUAGUUCUUCCAUUAUAUCUUUGCACAGGCAUGAAAUUAUUCAUGAAUUACUUUUUAAGCACAGAAACAAGGAUCGCAAAAUUAAAACUUGUCCAUAGAAACCACAAUAAAUUAAACAAGGAUGACACGUUUGGUGCCCAAGGGCCACGUGGCUGGUACCACAUACUUACAAUCGUUCAUUUAGUAACACAGUACUACUGAUGCAACUUGUGCUUUGUCGGUACCCUCGAUGAAACUCAUAACAACACUCAUGCAUCAUGAGCACCAAAUCUGAUAAACAGUACGGCAUGUCUUUGACACCUUGUUUACUAUGAAUUGUUACAUUUAUCAUUUUCAGUGACAGUAACAUUAGCACAUUGGUUGUCUUUAUUGGAAUUUAUAACUUAUAUAUUGUGUUUAUUUUAUGAAGUUAAAUUGUGUUAAGUAUAUUAUAACAUAUUAUAUAGUUAUAUUAUUAUAGAGUAUACUCUCUAUGUCUUUAAUGAACACGGGCAUUACGAGGUUUCGCUUAUAACGAGGUACAUUAGAUAUCCCAUGAAAUUCCUAUUGAACUAUAACACCUCUAUAACGAGGCAUAUUUGGUUAUAACGACAGAAACGACAAAAUUAGAUUGAAGAACAUGUUUUUUUACCUGCUUUUGGCGCGGUGAUGGCUAUAAAUAAAUACUGCCUGUAUACAGAAAUGCCCAAAAUCUGUGUUCUUAUAGAGGCCAGUGAUGUAAUAAACUCCACCGUCUGCAAUAAACUUCUUCCGGUUUAUCUACCGACCGAUAUUUAAUGUUGUAGGAAAUUUACAAUUUACGAUUGGAAAGUGUCAGUGUAGAGGUUGAUCAUCAGCAGCUAAUAAACUACAUAAGAGGCAUCAAAACAUUUCAGUGGUGAAGCACUUCAUUUCACAGUUGUUUUUCAUCAUAGAUGUUUAUCGUUUGUUUGUAUCGUAAGUCGUGUUGUAACACUAUGACUUCUAAAAGACUUUAGAAGAAAAAAUUAACAUCCUUAAAGAUGUUGGGAACGGUAAGAAGGAAGCAGAAGUUUGCCGUGAAAAAGGAAUUUCAAGUUCCACUAUAUCUACCAUGCUGAAAAAUAAAGAUAAGAUUUUCGAAGCAGGAAAAAACUACGUGCCACAACUAAUGGAACAAAGGAACUCGAUACUGCAAUGGUCAAGUGGUUUUCCGUAAACAGGGCUGCGAAUGUUCCUGUAAGUGGACCACUGCUUCAAGAAAAGGCAACACAGUUUUCGCAGGCGCUAGGUGGUAAUGAGGAUUUUAAAGCAUCGAGUGAGUGGAUGGGCCGUUUUAAGGCCAGACAUGAAGUUACGUGUGAAAAAAUUUGCGAUGAAACGAAGAGUGUUUCCAAAGAAGUCACUGACAACGGGUUGAAGUCAUGGCCUACAAUAAGACAAAAUUACAGUGACGAUAAUGUUUUCAAUGCCGACGAGCUGGGACUUUUUUUUAAACUUACUUCAGAUAAGACCCUCAAAUUAAAAAAAUGAACGUUGUAUAGGUGGCAAGUUAUCAAAAGGGUAACUGUACUCGCGUGUACGGUUCCGAAAAAAGGAAGUUACUCGUCGUCGGGAAAUCUCAAAAACCGCGAUGUUUCAGAGGUGUGAAUCAGCUUCCUGUCACAUUUAAAAUUAAUAAAAAUCGUAAUGACAGUGAACAUUUGAAGUGGGACAGAGAGUUGGGACAUCGAAAGAUUCUUUUUUAAAGGACAUUCAUCUCCUUCGUUUUCUACCUCGGUCUCUUUCCACCCCGCAUGACCAAAACAUUUUCUGAUUGUUUUUUCUCUACGAGUGACCAGCA